CCGCCGUUGUUAGCAAUGUCUGAAGAGGCGGAGAAGGGAGGAAGGCGCGACGGCAAUGAGUGUCGCAGGAAGCGAUGGGUUAAGGCAUUUGAGGCAUGUGACGAAGACAACAAAGGAUAUUUAAGCCGAGAGGACUACAAGGUUGCUGUAGUGAUGCUUUUCGGCUAUAAGCCCUCAAAGGUGGAAGCGGAUUCAGUCAUGGCCUCCGUGGAGCACAAUGGAUCUGGAGUAUCACUUGAAAAGUUUCUAAAUCUGAUGAGUACAAAGAAGGCUGCUCAUUUUUACCAUAGUGAAGUAAGACAACUAUUCACUGCUUUUGACCGUCAAUGUAAAGGAUUUUUAUCUUUUGAAGACUUCAAAAAAGCCUUCAAUAUUGUUGCACCCAAGUUGCCAGAGAGGACAAUCAUUGAAGCAUUCAGGGAAGUUGAUCAAGAUUCAGAUGGCCAUAUCAGCUUCAAAGACUUUGAAUUGGCAAUGAACUAUGGAAAGGAUGAUUUGUCAUCACUUCCUUUCGCCUAAAGUGUAUCUUCUCAUGAAAAUAGCCAAAUGAGAUCUCCACGCUUGAGGUUUUUUAAAAGCUACACAGCAUUUUCCUUCAGAAUUUCCCCCAUAAAUUAAGCUAUGUAUGAUGCCAUGAAAAAGGCAUCCUUUGAAACUUCCAUGGAAUGUUUUAACAUAUAUAUUGUUUUUUCAAUAAAUUACUUUGUCUUCUAGUUCCUUAA